GAGGCGGCGAGCCGGGCGGCGCGGAGCCACAGCAGCGCUAGCCCGGCCGGUGCGACCGCGCGCCCGCUCGCCCGCCCGGCGGCCCGCCGCAGCGAGCAUGGGCGCGGCCGUGCGCUGGCACCUGUGCCUGCUGCUCGCCCUGGGCGCGCGCGGGCAGCUGGCGGGCGGCAGCGGGCUCCCAGGGGACGUGGACGUGGACGAGUGCUCGGAGGGCACGGACGAGUGCCACAUUGAUGCCAUCUGCCAGAACACGCCCAAGUCCUACCGGUGCCUCUGCAAGCCCGGCUUCAAGGGGGAAGGCCGGAAGGGGGAAGGCAAGAAGUGCGAAGACAUCGACGAGUGUGAGAUCGACGCCUACAACGGGGGCUGCGUCCACGACUGCAUCAACAUCCCGGGGAACUACCGGUGCACCUGCUUCGACGGCUUCACGCUGGCACAUGACGGACACAACUGCCUGGACGUGGACGAGUGUCAGGACAACAACGGUGGCUGCCAGCAGAUCUGUGUCAACGCCCUGGGCAGCUACGAGUGUCAGUGCCACAGCGGCUUCUUCCUCAGCGACAACCAGCACACCUGCAUCCACCGCUCCAACGAGGGUAUGAACUGCAUGAACAAAGACCAUGGCUGUGCCCACAUCUGCCGGGAGACACCCAAAGGUGGGGUGGCUUGCGACUGCAGGCCCGGCUUUGACCUUGCCCCAAACCAGAAGGACUGCACACUGACCUGUAACUAUGGGAACGGAGGCUGCCAGCACAGCUGUGAGGACACAGACACAGGCCCCCUGUGCGGCUGCCACCAGAAGUACGCCCUCCACUCGGACGGUCGGACGUGCAUCGAGAAGGAUGAGGCUGCAAUUGAGCGCUCUCAGUUCAAUGCCACGUCAGUAGCUGAUGUGGACAAGCGGGUGAAACGGCGGCUCCUCAUGGAGACAUGUGCCGUCAACAACGGAGGCUGCGACCGGACGUGCAAGGACACAGCCACCGGCGUGCGGUGCAGCUGCCCCGUGGGGUUCGCCCUGCAGCCCGACGGGAAGACGUGCAAAGACAUCAACGAGUGCCUGGCCAACAACGGGGGCUGCGACCACUCCUGCCGCAACACCGUGGGCAGCUUCGAGUGCGGCUGCCGCAAGGGCCACCGGCUGCUGAGCGACGAGCGGACGUGCCAAGACAUCGACGAGUGCUCCUUCGCGCGGACCUGCGACCACAUCUGCAUCAACUCGCCCGGCAGCUUCCAGUGCCUGUGCCACCGCGGCUACACGCUCUACGGGACGACCCACUGCGGAGACGUGGACGAGUGCAGCGUGAGCAACGGGGGCUGCGACCACGGCUGCGUCAACACCAAGGGCAGCUUCCAGUGCAUCUGCCCCCCGGGGCAGCGGCUCCACUGGAACAGGAAGGACUGCGUGGACACGGGCGGGUGCCCUGCUUCAGCCCAGGCCGCCCCGCGGGCCCAGCUGUGGUGCGGCAAGGCGGGCGGCGUGGAGAGCUGCUCCCUCGCCUGCCCGGCGCACGCGCUCUUCCUGCCAGACUCGGAAAACAGCUACAGCCUGAGCUGCGGGGUGCCCAGCCUCCAGGGCAGGACGCCGCCGACGCGCAACAGCACCAGCCCCGGCGCCGGGCCCAGCUGUGCAGGUGCCCCCGCCGCCCCCAUCAGGCAGAAGGCGCGCUUCAAGAUCCGCGAUGCCAAGUGCCACCUCUGGCCCCGCAGCGGGGAGCCAGCCAAGGAGGCCCCCAGACAGCCACUGCUGGAACACAGCCACGUGACCUUUGUGACCCUCAAGUGUGACUCCUCCAAGAAGAGGCGCCGGGGCCGGAAGUCCCCGUCCAAGGAGGUUGCCCACAUCACGGCGGAGCUGGAGGUGGAGACAAAGGGGGAAGAGGCCUCAGACACCUGCGAGGCGGACUGCGUGCGGCGGCGGGCCGAGCAGAGCGUGCAGGCGGCCAUCAGGACGCUGCGGAAGGCCGUCAGCCGGCAGCUCUUCUCCGUCCAGCUGGCGGGCACCGAGUACGAGGUGGCCCAGCAGCCGGCCAAGGCCCCGGAGGGCCCGGGCGCGUGCGGCACAGGCCAGACGCUGCAGGACGGCACGUGCAUGGCCUGCGAGCCCGGGACCCACUUCCGCGGGGUCUCCGGCCGGUGUGUGCCGUGCGCGCCGGGCACCUUCCAGGACGGGGAAGGCCAGCUCAGCUGCACUCCGUGCCCCAGCAGCGACGGGCUCGGCCUGGCCGGUGCCCGCAACGUGUCUGAAUGUGGAGGCCAGUGCUCUCCCGGCUCCUUCUCCGCUGACGGCUUCCGGCCCUGCCAGGCCUGCCCCGUGGGCACGUACCAGCCUGAGCCCGGGCGCACCGGCUGCUUCCCCUGCGGAGGGGGGCUGCUCACCAAGCACGAGGGCUCGGCCUCCUUCCAAGACUGCGAGGCCAAAGUGCACUGCUCCCCCGGCCACCACUACAACACCACCUCCCACCGCUGCGUCCGCUGCCCCGUCGGCACCUACCAGCCCGAGUUCGGCCAGAACCACUGCAUCGCCUGCCCCGGCAGCACCAGCACCGACUUCGACGGCUCCACCAACAUCACCCGCUGCAAAAACCAGCACUGCGGCGGGGAGCUCGGCGACUACAUGGGCUACAUCGAGUCCCCCAACUACCCCGGCGACUACCCGGCCAACGCCGAGUGCGUGUGGCACAUCUCCCCGCCCCCCAAGCGCAGGAUCCUCAUCGUGGUCCCCGAGAUCUUCCUGCCCAGCGAGGACGAGUGCGGAGACGUGCUGGUCAUGCGCAAGAGCGCCUCGCCCACGUCCAUCACCACCUACGAGACCUGCCAGACUUACGAGCGGCCCAUCGCCUUCACCUCCCGCUCCCGGAAGCUCUGGAUCCAGUUCAAGUCCAACGAGGCCAACAGCGGGAAAGGCUUCCAGGUGCCCUACGUCACCUACGACGAGGACUACCAGCAGCUGAUCGAGGACAUCGUCCGGGACGGGCGGCUCUACGCCUCGGAGAACCACCAGGAGAUUUUGAAGGACAAAAAGCUGAUCAAGGCGCUCUUCGACGUGCUGGCGCACCCCCAGAACUACUUCAAGGUCACGGCCCAGGAGUCCAAGGAGAUGUUCCCGCGCUCCUUCAUCAAGCUGCUGCGCUCCAAAGUGUCCCGCUUCCUGCGGCCCUACAAGUAGUGCCGUGCCCCCUCCUGCCGCAGCGCCCCUGCAGGUGAGGGGGCCUGCCCCCAGCGGAAGCCAAGCUCCACGGCCUCCACGUGGCCUGGGCUGCCCUUCAGGAAGCGCUGGCCAGCCUGCCGAGGGGAGACCCACCCCGGCAGAGACCCCAGCCCAGCCACGCCGCUCCCACUGCGCCCUGGGAAACUGCUUUCGGCAGCUUGCUCCCCCCUCCCUCCCCGCCUGCUGCUCCCGGGCCAGGCCCCCUGCACCUCCCGGCCACACAGGCGGCCCUGGCAGAGCACAGCCGGGAGACUGCCGGUGCCCCUCAAGUGACAGAUACUCCGAGGCUGGGAGGGAUGAUGGGAGAACCCAGCCAGGCCUCGGAGAGAAGGGGUGAGGGCGCUGCAGGGCAUUGGUAAGUGGGGAAGGCGCCCGAGGGGCGUCUGUACUGCAGGCCCCCGGCCGCAGGCCCAGGACACGCUGCCCUAUGGUCAGCUCCACGGAUUCUGGGGGACAGAGGAGCCGGGAGGGGCUGCAGAUGAGUAUUCUAUGUGUACAAAUAUAAAUACAAACACAGA